CUCUCCCUCCCUGAAAAUGUAGUCAGGAAGAAAGAGUACCAAACCAAGCAACAGGCUCUCUGGUAUAGAGCAACUUUUUACUGCUGAGCUGUAUAAUGGCAGUGAGUUACUUCAGGCAAAACACAGCACUAUCUCCAAACUGGACAGCAGUGCAGAUAUGUCCUCUAUGGAUAUAAGUCUGUCUGCAAAACAAAGCCAAUUCCUGCAUGGAUAAACAAAGAUGACAGCUGGAUAACCUGGACAGAAUCGCCAAAAUGAAUUCCUCCUCUCUGGACUGGUCCAUUCAGAGUGCAUUGUCAUCUCUUUACCCCCCAUUUGAGGCCACUGCUCCAACGGUCCUGAGCCAGCUCUUCCGUACCAUCGAGGCACGUUACCAGGGAGAUGCACUGCAGUGCUUUUUGGAUUACCUCAUUCCAGCCAAGCACAUCCUAGAGAGUGUGCAACAGGCUGCCUGUGCUGAGUACUCUGAUGUUUUGUUCCGGUGUGAAGGUUGGCCUCUCUGUUUGAGAGACCGUGUGGUGAUCCAGCUAGCCCCCAUUAACCCCUUACUGUUACGUCCUGGAGACUUCUACUUACAAGUGGAACCGUUUGGGGAACAGUCAGCCCGUAUAGUCCUCAAGAACCUCCUUGUGCAAGAGGAUCUUUUGGCACAGGAGGAUCUGCUCUUACUAGCAGGUUUUAGAGCACAAAAAGGCCCUGCCGUGGAGGAGACUCCCAUCCCAGAGACAUCCUACCCUUGCAUUUUCACUGAAGCUUGGUUAAAGGAAAUCAAUGAGGGUCGUCAUAGUAAUCAGCUACAUCAAUAUGUGCUUUCUUCUGAUCAAGGGAUUGUGAAGGUACCUUGGGCAGAAGUAAUCAACCCUGAAUUUCUGAAUAGGCCAAAAGCUAAGGUUGAAUCUAAAGCAUCAUGCACAGCUGCGGGUUUAAUACGGCAACAUAAUACUGAAGUAGAGUCCAACUCACAGUUUCCUGUAAACAUGUCUUUUCCUAAAACAACUCUUGAACCAGAAACCAUGAUCCUUCCAGCUAAAAAUGGCGUUGCAGUUUCACAUCGAUUAGUGAAAAGUGGCAACAAAUUUGUUAAGAUGGAUCAAGGGAAACCUGUGAGUAAUCCUGUAGGCAAACCUGUUGGUUGGGUUUCUCCAAAUAUGUGGGACAGCAGGCCCAGUCGAGAGCUGGAGGGGGAGUAUGUAGAUCUUUUGGAUUUUGCCAAAGAUAAGGAUGCUUUAAGCUAUAAAAUAGCUGUUAUGCCUCAAGUUCCAGUGUCUUUCAGACCUCAUUCCCCUCUUUCAAAAGGAGACAGUGCCCCAUGUGUUCAAGCCUCAGGAUUGAUGGAUGAACACUGUGUUCCAUCUUCAAGAAAUAAUCAGUUUUCUGAAGAUCCACAGAAGGAUUCUGAAUCCAAGGGUAGGCAUCGUCAAUCUUACCUAGCAGCUAUUAAAAACCCAGUAAAUUUUGAGAAGGCAAACCCAAUAAUGCCCCUGGAUGAAACAUGGCCAGGCUUAGGAGAAGCAGAACCAGGAUAUGAGGCACAAGGGGUUGACCUUGGGACUGAGUCUUUGAGCAGUUCACCAGUGCAGGAUUCAAUCCAACUUGGGCAAAACCUAAUACAGUCCUGUACGGAUUCAGUUGAGCAAGAUCAGAACUUAGUUCAAAAACGUAGCUCAAAUAUGAAAACAAUACAUCUUUCCCAGAACACAGCACUGCCAAGUCUCAACACAGUUGAACAGCCAACACACUUGCUUACUGAAACACCUCCAGACAAUCUUCAGAAAAUUGUACUAGAAGAUACUGGAGCAGUUAAUCUCAACAGGCAACAGUGCUUGAUUGAGCAGGAACCCCAUCAGAUGUGGACCAGUGUGCAUAAGCAUCACAAAAUGCAACACUUGCCAAAAAUGGGACUAAGGGCUUUGCCAGACCAUAGAAGUCACAGACAAGAGACUGGUGCCUACAAAUGUCAAGGUGCAGGCAAGGGAAUUCAAAUAGAUCAGUGUGGGUAUGGCCUUGCACCUCCUCAUAAAUCAAUUCAACAACCUGCAACCUACAACCUACCUUGUCUAUUUCCUCACCCACAGAACUUGCUUGAAGAACAGAACAGUCAAUUGGAACAAAGGCCUAAGUGUGAAAAGCAAUGUGGUGAAAACCCUGUACCAGCAUUGAAAGGUUUGGGGAAAAGCAGGCCUAAAGCCCGCUCUGCUUCCUCAGUAUCAGAGCCAGCCAGGGAGUGUUCACAGGAGGAUAGACCAGCCAGCAGGAGUCGCAGUGAUGUCUGUCCAGAAAUCAUUCCCAUGGUUCCUGGAGUUCAGGUUCAAAGAAGCAAGAAAUGCACCUUUGGACUUGUGUCCCCAAAACUAGACAGACGGAAAGCAGCAAAAAAUGACAUUUCUGCUACUGGGUCAGUUGAACAGUUUACUGCACUUCAGAAUGGUGCAGUGCUCCACAGCGCUUCAGCCCAGUUACAAAGCCUCUCUCCUGAACAUGGAAGUCAGCUUACUGCCCUUUCACAUGACCCCACCAUCAAGAAUGUUCUCCAACUGGGCAUCAUCUGUCUGCCAGGCAGUCGCGACAGAGCUGGCAGAGCUGUGCUUGAAGUCCAUGGGGGAAAGAAUGGCUGGGCAUCCCCUAUGCUCUCUCCUUUGGUACUCUGCAAACUGGUCCUUUAUCUUCACUCCAUUCCGAGGAAACAAGUGAGAGAUCUGGGAUUAACAGUCAUAAUUAACAGCCGGAAUGGUCCGAUUUCCUCCGUGCUCUAUAAGGCUUUGCUAAUGGUCCAGGAGCAGGUCCCUCGUGUUAUGCACAGUGUCUUGUUGUUGGUGGAAAAAGACCAAAGUCCUCGAGCAGACAGACCACCAGGAUUACAGAUGGAUAUUAUUACUUCAGUAAAAGUUCUUCAUAAGAGUGUUGAUGGACAGCAGCUUACCAGUGAACUUGGAGGAUCUUUCCUUUACAAUCACAAUGACUGGCUACAAUUCUACCAAAAACUGUUCCUCUUUGAGAUGGACCUUCAGGGAGCAGCCUUGUUAUUACAGAGUGCUAUAAGAAAAUUGGACAGUAACAAGAAAACUGACAUGGCAGAGGAUGUAAGGAUGUGUAUCCAAGAACAGAAGAGCGCCAUGAAGCAAGUACUUGAAGAUAGACAUAUGGUCACGCUUCAGAGGGACGGUGGUUCUAUACUAGCCAGAAUGCGGAAGGAAGAAUAUAGAUUUGCUCAUUCUGAAGACUACAGGGACUCAAUGAAGGCUGUAAUGUGUCUGUAUAACAAGGUGGAAGAAGGAGUCCACACUCUGGUUAUGAGGUCCAACCAAUCACUGCAGCAUCUAGAUCAUGUGCUCCUACUGAGGGAAACAGAGGAACAAUUUAACACAAGUAGAGAGUGGUGUGAAGAGGAGGCUAGGAGAUGGCAGAGGGACCUUGACCCAGCAGAAGAAACCAGGGAGAUACUGGAGCAAAGACAUGCAGACAUUUGUGCUGUCCUCACUCAGGCAAAGGAGAGAAAAGAGAAAGCAAUGUCAUUGAUGAAAGAUGUGGAGAGAAAGAUCCAGGGAACAUGUUAUCCUGAGACGGAUAUUUUCCAUAUUCACAUGACAACAUUCAAAACCAACGUGGCAGCUUUUGUGUUGCAAGCUGAACAACAUAAAUCUGACCUGGAGGCAUUUAAACGUCUGUUUAAUUUCUGUGAGCAGGCCUUUACUCUUACCAAAGAAUGCAGUCAUUAUCUGGAACACAUAGAGAUGGGCUGCUACCCAGAAACAGUCAACAUAAGCAAGCUGAAAUCUUUUCAAGAGAGAUUUAAAUCCUUUUCACUUGAGCGCUUCGUGGAGGAGAAGAAUACCACUAUGACUGAGAAACAUCACAGAGUGAUCCGUGUGUGGAGUGAGGCUUGUUCGGCGUGCCAGGAGGUCAAGAAGACGCUGGAGGAGAAGCUGCUAGAGUUUGAUAGAAAGCAAAAGCUACAAAGAUUUGUACAGAGAGAUGAAAUAAUGUUGAAGAAUGAGGAACUCUCUUUGCAAACUCCUACUUCCUGCCUAACCAGCUUAUCCUCGGGUAAUGUUAAGGCCCAGUCUCAGCAGAGUGAAGCUCAUAGACAGACACAGAUUCAAGAGAGUCAUGCUAGGGGUAAAUCCGUAAAUAUACACAAAGAUUCAGUCUUUGCAAGCAUCGUAACUGCGAACUUAGUAAAGUUUCCACGUGAAAACCAUAGUGAGACUGAUCUCAGGAACGUUGACCUUGUUGGCAGGGGUGAGAAGACUCGAGCGUUAGGCCGAUCCCAUAGUGAGGGCUCUUGCAUAAGAAGCUUUGAUCCUAUGUUAACUGGGCCUCCAUUAUCUGUGUGUCAAAAAACAUCUACCAGCAAACCCAAUAUGUUGCUAGCUGACAGAGAAUGUGUUGCAUGUCAUCAAGGCAGCUUCUGCUCAGACUUUUCCAAUAUGAAACCUGAAUGGAUCCAAAUGGAUAGUGAAGAUAAGCCAGUUGUCACUCUGGAUGACCAGGAUUCUCAAAUAUCUCGGCAAGAGAGCUUCUGUUCUAGUGUGUCCAGCCCAAGACAGGGCUGGAUGAAAGAGGAGAAAAGCAGCAGGAUCCACCUGGAUGAUAGAAAUUCAGGCUACUCCUCUAGAGACACUACAACUCCAGAUGGACUAAAGGAUACCUCAGACUGCAAUGCUUCCUCAGAACUGGAAAACAGCAGUAAUUUACUUAAAUUGCAGCACAUCAUGGAAGAGUUGUUGCAGACAGAAAGAGAAUAUGUGAAAGCACUGGGCUAUGUUAUGGAGCACUACUUCCCAGAACUUGAGCGCCAAGAUGUACCACAAGAUCUGAGGGGACAAAGAGGAAGCAUAUUUGGAAACCUUGAAAAACUCAGAGAGUUCCAUCAGCACCACUUUCUCAAAGAGCUAGAACUUUGCUUAAGACACCCUUUUCGUGUAGGACGAUGUUUUCUACGACAUAAAGAGAGUUUUGGUCUCUAUGCUCUCUACAGCAAAAAUAAACCUCGCUCAGACCACCUGCUGAUCAACCAUGGCAAAGAGUUCUUUAAGCAGAAACAGCAGCUGCUUGGAGAUAAAAUGGACCUGUCGUCAUACCUGCUAAAGCCAGUGCAGCGCAUCAGUAAAUACAGUCUGCUUCUGCAAGACAUGAUCCAGGAGUGUGACGCAACGUCACAGAAAGCUCCUGAGCGAGCCGAGUUACAAGCUGCAUUAGAGGUCAUCCAGUUCCAGCUUCGUCAUGGCAACAACCUCCUUGCUAUGGAUGACAUCCAGGAAUGUGAUGUGAAUCUUAAGGAACAAGGGCAGCUGAUUCGCCAAGACGAGUUCCUGGUUUCCUUUAGGAAGAAGAAAUAUUACAGACAUAUUUUCCUUUUCCAAGAUCUUAUCCUUUUUAGCAAGACCAAGAAGACAGAGGUUGGGAAUGACAUAUAUAUCUACAAACAGUCAUUCAAGACUUCUGACAUUGGGAUGACACAUAACUGUGGUGAUAGUGGGCUGUGCUUUGAAAUCUGGUUUCGAAGGAGGAAGUCACAAGACACAUACACACUACAGGCAAGAAGUUAUGAAGUGAAGGAAGACUGGACCAAAGACCUGGAGAGGAUUUUGUGGGAGCAGGCUAUACACAACAGGGAGAUUCGUAUGCAAGAGAGAGUCUUCAUGGGAAUUGGAUGCAAGCCUUUUAUGGACAUUAAGCCCAGUGAAGCUGCCAUCUGUGACCGUGCCAUUAACUGUGCUCUAACAGGACGAGACUGUAAAGCACCUGUUUUUUCUGGGAUACCAGACACCGAACAAGGAUUUCCUGUCCAGAGGCCGAAUUCUACUGGUUCAACCAGCUACGUGUCGUCUUGCAGCCACUCAUCUUCAUCCUCUUCCUCGGGGAGAGGAUCUGUCUCACCUGUUGGUUGCCACAUUGGCCUUAGUAGAAGAAUUGUUUCUGUGUCUGACCCUGGAAGAUUCUCUAGUCCAGGAGAGCAUGACUUAGACCAGGAAAACGUCAGGCAAAAUCAGCUUGUGGACAGUUCAGAAUCUUCAGGCGAGAGUGUAAGUGGCUUCAGCAGUUCUGGCUACAGUUUCCAGUCGGUGAUUGCAGGAGAACAUGAGGUGCACUCCUUAGAGGUGUCUGACACUGGUCUGGGGAAAGCAUGCCCCCACAAAAUAGAGGACCACCAGCAAAACAAAGACAAACCUUCUAAACCACAAAACCAAAAGAGGGAUCAACCACUCAAGUUUUUUUUCAUUCACAAUGCAGGUUCAAGGGAAUAGUCACAUGGGAAAAUCAACUGAAGUUUGAAUAGAAUAUUAUUUUAACCAUGGAGCAUUAUGGACUACGUAGAACUACCAUAUCAACUUGUAAACUUUGUAAAAGUACAUGCUGGUGCUUGUUCUCUCAAAAUUACAGGAGGAUGCUCUCAGUCACCACAGAUAGUUUUAUCCUGGAGAGUGUGAUUGCAAAGCUGAACAACAUACUAUUUAUUAUUGUUUAAUUUUUUUUUUUUUUUAAACUAGCAGUUUCUUCUCACUUGUUUGCAGUACAUAAUUUUGUACUCUAUUUGUUAUCCAAAUUGUAAGCUUAUCCAAUGUGACAGUUGUUGUGAUUACUGUAUGUAUUUUGUUUUUCCUUUUAUGUAUGAGCUGAAUGAUGAUUUCCUGUUUCCCGUUAAAUGUGUAUAUGCAGUAUUGCAAAAGGGAGUAAAAAAUACUUAUAAUUUUUGUAGAUGUACUUGGCAAAGGCACUGUAUAUGUCUGAACGCAAACCAAAAUUAAAAAUCAUCACUUACAA